AUGGAUUUUGAACUGUAUUUAAUUUCAAACAUUUUAGGUAUAUUUAUCUUAAUUUUAAUAUUUAUUUUUCAUUACUUAUUUUAUGGAUCUGAUUAA